AUGAGCCGGAAGUUCCUCUUUGCCUUCUAUGUUAUUUUACAUGCAGAAAGUUUGUUAGGGAAAGCUGUCAAUGACAAACCUCUACGACUAAAGCACCUCACCAAAUGCACUUACGAUUACGAAGUGACAGUUUACACCGCUCGAGGAGACAAGUCCACCCAUAGCGAAGGGUACCAAGUUCACGCUUUGGUAAGUGUAGAUUCAUUUUCAUUGAAAGCGAGUGAUCUUCCCAAAAUAUGUUCUCUGAUCCCCCUUUCAUGUACUACCAGUGUUACAAAAUGUUCAAAUUAUCUUCACUCUCCAUGUUGGUCAUAUGUCACAUCUCCGCUCAGUAUAUUUGAUGUGGAUAGUUCAAAUCCAAUAGUUAUGCUACGCUGUGUGAAGGAGCAAAGUAUUUUUCAUCCUCGUAGUUUUAUUUAAUACCAAAAAAUAUCUGAAAAGAUCUUUUCCUUGCGCUUCCAUAGUAACAUUGCUAAGUUGUCCUAUUAUGGAGUAAUGUUACCUCAUUUCUAGACCACCAAAGCUCUGUGUGGACUUGGGUGUCGUAAAGUAUGUAUAUGUUUACGCAAGUUAAUGUCGAGUCAAUCGUGUUAAAGUCUUAUUUCACUCGGGAAUGUAAUUAUAUAGAAAGUGGUCUGUUAAAGAAAUGUGUGAAAAUUCCCCUUUUUGCGUCAAAGAACGAUCGAUAGGAUUGACUUCCAAUAAUUUCCUUUGAUUUUCCUAACCACCCAUAAGAAACGAAGAAUUCGAAAGGCUAGAGACAAGUAAAAUGCUUUUGCAUGCCGAUCUGAAAAUCUUAAGAUGUGCAUCCCAGGUUUUACCUUUUGCACGGAAAAGCGGAAUUCCAACUCAUUGUGUUUAACUUUCCACUAUGAUAUAUUUAUGGUUCGUAGAGUGUCAGCGCCAAAUUAAAAAAAAAAGGUGAAUUGACUUUUAGGUCGAUGUAUUCCAGCACGUACCUAAACACACUCUCAAAGUCGAUCGAUGAACUGGACUAUACCUCCUAUUUAACUUGCCGAAUUUUUGCAAACUUCGAUCUUGAUCCAGAGAGCAAGUGGCAGAAUAAUCUGGAGUUUAGGAAUUGCAUAUCACACUUCAUUCAUGCUAAGAGAUGCCGACCUUCUAAGAGAUGCCGACAAUUGUCUUAGAACUUUCCUCUUCGAAAGAGCAGAACAAGGGAUAAAACACUAACUUAGACUUACAGGAAUCAAAUAUUUGUGGACAAAGUCUCUUUUUGAGGAUCUGAAAGUGCCUUUUGAAUAUAUGCAAAUUAUAUUUGAAAAAAAUUCUCGGAAAAGAACGCGAGAAGCAUACUAGUUUAGUUUGCCGCGGAUUUUGGUUACGCACUCUCGCGUGAAUUCCAAAGAACUCACUUGAAGCAAUUGAAACGAAAUCUAUUUUAAGCAAAUUUCUAUCCUUCUCGCAACAUGCACUGCGUAAUUGGCAAGAAAAAUAAACACAUGUUUCAAUGACGCAUUGCAGUUAGAAGCCUGCUUUGUAUCUCAUACUUUAGAAAAAUGAAUAAUCUUAGAAAAAUUUCAUUGAGAAAAAGGGUUUUUACGUAUGUAUAGCGAUGUAGAUCUUUGAAAGUUAUGGUGUAUCCGGCUUUGAUCACAUAUGCUUUUGAGUUGUAUUUUGUGGUUGGGUCUUACAGCCUCCAUUUUUUCUAACCUGAUUAUUUCUAAUACUCAUUUAAGACGAAUGCUAAUAUAUAGAUUUAGCCAAGCCUAAAAGCGGAGCUCUUGUUAGUUAAUUUUCUAGCCCCUCAUUAUAAUAAAAAACUGUAAUAAAACUCUUGAGCACUGGCUGUAGAAGAGUUUCUUCAAGGGGAUUAAAGAGACCAGUCCGGGGGGUGGUUAGGGAAGGGAAGAAUUGAGAGGUCUGGAACCUGGGGACGACGUUCUCACAACUUGCGAUAAAACGCAUGCUAAUCAGCGGUAUCUUCAAGCAACUGAGGACCUCGUUGUUCCUAAUGUUUUGAGCAAAUUUUCGAAGAUAGAGAAUUCUUUCUUCUUCUUCAGAGGAAACGAUGUCAGUAUCAGUUGAAAUUAUAUUCUGUUGAGCGUGACUGAUAAUUUUGGUUCGGGGAAAUGAGCCAAAAUUCAAAGAAGAGACGACGGUAAACUACUUCGAGUUUAGACAUACCAGCCGAUUAAAGAGUAUUCACGUGAUAACAGUGAAUUAGUAAAUCAUGACGCCAGAAUCGUAUGGGCCUCUCUCAUAUAUUCUCUUGAAGUUGCCAGGUAUGACUGCUUGUCCCACCAUUUUUCCCCUAGCGUUUCAAACCCCUCUGUUUCGCGUAAAAAUUAAAAAGUAAAGUCAUUUUCAACUCGUGUUUGAAACUGUAAUUUCUUAAAACUUUUCCUCUUUUGGCUAUUGCUUUAUGACUGUCCUCUGGCUGGAAAUACACGGCUUCUUUUUGAGAUUCUUUCUGUUAUUUGAUUCGGUAACCUCUGCGGUAACUACUUAUAAUGUAGGUUUCUUUAAGCCAACUGCCCACGAUCUUAGCAACUCUAGCUAAUGAAGUACGAAAUUUGUCUAACAUAUUUCUUACGUUGCAAAAGUUUGCUUUAAAAGAAGACAAGCUAGAGCUAAAAUGUCAUGAUUAAAACUUGAUGACGAAGAGAGACUUAGGAUUUGAUCAUGAGACAUUAGUGGAAAAUUUGAGGUAAUACCUGGAUUUCAUUUCUACAUCACAGCAAUCAAUUUGAGUUGAUGUUGUUAUUGGUUGUAUUAAAUGGGUUGAAAAAUUGUUGAUGGUAUUUUCUCAUGUUUGCAAAUAGUUGAAUUUACUGGAAGGUAGUGUUAUUGCAUCAUGUUAACAUGAAACACAACAAUAAAUUUUACGGACAUGUAAAAAGGUUUCAUUUGACUAUCUACUGGCAAGUCGUUGUAUCAUAUUUCAACCCAACCAUUUUCCACAAUUUGUAAACACCAUUACAAAAUAAUUAGUCAGGGAAACAUACACCAUGUUUGAAAUUUCAUGUCCAUAGUAAGCAAACAGGAUUGAGGAGGGUUUAUGAGGAAAUAAGCUCUCUUGUCUGUAUUGUUUAUUUGCUAAUCGCUCCUGUUGCCAAUGUUUUGAUGAGGUUGGGCUGUCAAGGUAAAGUAACUGAGGAUUUUAGUAGGCAGUGACUUUUUUCAAACCUGGAAACUAUCAUUGUGAUAGCCAUACCUGUGCCUAUAGUAGCUCAUUCUUAUUGUGUUAAACUAGUUUUAAGAAGGUUACAAUCUUUUAUUACAAAUAUUUGAUGCAUAGGCUGUGCACAAAUAUUUAAUUUAACUAUACUUUUGUAGCCAAUUCCAAACCCUACACAUGAUGAAAUGUCAGUAAAAUCAGUGGAAAAAUGUACCAAAAAUUUGCAAGAUUUGAUGGAACUAUUUUAAUUCCAUGAAUAUUAACUGAUACUAGGAGAUACCAUAUUAGAAUAUUCAAAAGAAUGUAAAUUUCUUUGAAAAAUUAGAACCCAGCAUAGGCCAAAUAAACAAUCUUGAUUCUUAGUAAAAGAAAUGAGUACCAAUGAAAAAAGGUAAGCAACCUUUUUACCAGUUUUAUAUGUUGAAACACAAGCCUGCCAUGACUUCAAAAUUUUGAUGUACACUUCAAAAGGAGAAGAAAUAAAUUUCAAGUUUCUAUUUAUUCAGUUUAGGUUUGUCCGGUAAAAUUGAGUCAAACAAAGAAAUUUUCACAACUAAUUUAUUAGGUUAGCCUACUUAGAACAAUCAACUUGAUAUACAAAUAAGACUAAGUAUGUACUGAUGAUGCGCAAAAGAACUAUCUUUGGUAAGAAGGCAGGCUUUCCUUUAUUCAUUUAAAAAAAUACCAAGGUUAUCAUCUUUCCACAAGCUCAGUGGAGAGUGAGAGUGAGACAGACUGAUAGUGACUAUGUUAUUUGAGUAAAAUAUCCAGAGAAGGAUAAAAGGCAAGAUAUGUUCGGCACAACUUUCUUAUUUUAAUUUUAUAACCUGUUAAGCUACAUUUAAGUCAUUUAUAUUCUUGCUUUAUGCAUUAUGUGGAUGCCAAUUAAUUUCACUUCCAUGCAGGUCAAAAUAAACAUAUGAAUUAAAAUAGCAGAGCCCACUUUAGUUUCAGUCCUAAUUAAAGGGGGAUCUUUGCUUUUCCAAUUUCCAACCCUUUAAAACUCACAUAUCUUGAGACCAAUUACUUAUAUCAAUGUUUAGUUUGGGUAUGAGUAUUGGUAAGAAACACCAUGCAUUAAUGAAAGCUUGAGCAAGAGUAUUUAAUGCAACUCAAAUGAUAAUAUUACAUGUUAAGAUGUGGCAACUUACACAGCAAAAUUAUAAAUCAAUCAAUAAUAAAUAAAUAAAUAAAUCACACAAUUCCAAACAAAGAAGUCAUAUACUUGACUAACCUGCUUCAAGUUUUGAGGGCUCGAGGAACAAAGAAAUAGAUAUGGCAAACAGUUACAAUUAAUAAAAUGUUGAAAGUUUAAAAGCUAAGAGAUAUACAUUACAAUCAUUAAAUCCUAUGCAUUUUAGCAAAAAAGGGUCAGUUACCACUAUAACUUCUCCUAAACAUUAGUACUUACAGGAAAUCAUUAAUUUUUGUCACUAGGUGGUACUGUACUUACAAUAGUUCUACUGACACAAAUGCAUUUUUCUAAAGUUAUCUCAUAGCUUAAGAUUGUGCAGGUCAUGUGGAUGGUUCCUGUUUGGGAACUAACAUUUCAACUACCUCAGCAAACUGUAAUCAUCAGAAUUACAGGCCAAUGUGUAUUUACCAAGUGCUCAAGUUUCAAAAGUAGUGAGCUAAUUGUUACAGUCAAGUUCACUCCCUUUUGAGGCCAUCUUCCACUUGAUCAUCCUGUUAAAUGUGAAAACAUCAAAUGUUACUCACAUAUUCAAAUACUUGCUUGAAUCAAAGUUAUAAUUUUUUUUAGUAACCUGCAUCCCUUAACCCUUUAAUCCCUGAUAGUGAUUAGCAUCUAACUUCCCUUUUCAAUAACACCCCUGAAUCAAACAUUAAGGUUAUGAGAAUAAAGGCAAUGAUAAUAAACUGAAGAACCUCUUGAUUGUCAAAAAAAUUCUCCCUGCCAGCAAGUAAAGAAAUUUAUUGAGAACAGUAUGGAAAAUAUGCAUACUGAUGUUAGGUUGUAAAGGGUUAAUAGUGCUCCAAAAAUAGUAAAUAGUAUUUGAGAGAAAGAGAGAAAGUUCUUAAACCAUUCUAUGUUAAAUGAAAUUGUCAUAAAUGUUAGUUGCAACAGCAAUGAAAACAUCUGUGAAGCUACAAUAACAAUUACCUUCCCAUGUAUACAAACCAUAAUAAAGCAUGAUAUGGAUAAAUUUAAUCUCACCCAGUUUGAAUUUAGAAUCCAAAAUCUAAUAAACUUACUUGUGAAUAGGAAAAAGCUCAAUGUGUCUUUAAUGCUUCUGUCAUUCUAAAUAUCACAAAUCAAUCAUGCCACCACCUCAGUGUAAUUUUUUUUAAGAUGAGUUAUUUUUCUCAUGGUCAUCUAUUUUUAGUAUCUAUCUUUUACCAGCCCAGGUAAAAAUAUAAGGUGGGAUCCCACCUGGGAUUAUGGAACAUCCUGCAUGGGAUCACACAUGGGAUCCUGGCAGUUGAAGUUGGGAUCCUGCCUUAAAUUCCUAAUAGCAUCCCACCCGGGAAAGCACAUCCCAGAUGGGAUUAACCAUAGAAUCCCACCAAUCCCUCUUGGGAUCCUGCCUCAAACUUAAGAUAGUUUCCGACCUGGGAAAUCAUAUCCUAGGUGGAAUCGCACCUGGGAUCCUGCCAAUCCCAGUUUAGACCCUGCAUAAAAUUUCAGAUGGCUUCUCACUUUACGAAAAAUCCUUAGAGGGAUCCUGUCUAACACUGGAGACCACAGAUUUAUGAAAUGUACCAGAUGGGAUAUCUUAUCAAUCCCUUUUAUAACCUAAUCCUUCAAAUUAAGAGGAUAAAAUUUCUCUAGGUGAGCUAUAGACCCCAUCAAUCCACUGAGGGUCCAAAACUUUCCAACUACCUAUAGAAAACAUUGACACCUCCAAUGGGAUCCCAUUAUCUUAGCCAAGCUGUUGAUCAUAAAUUAUUCAAACAGUACAUGAAUACACAGACUAUAUGAGAUAAAGAUCUCAUAAUUUAUUUGCAAUGAACCAGCAUGUGUUUGACGUUGUUUCAUUAACAAAUUUAUUAACUGAACAGUUUUAAAGAAUAACAGCACAGCUCAGCAUAUUCCUUUUUCUUCAUUUAUUUAUGUAGUCCACAGUGUAAUAUGGCUCAACAUUUAAAGGAAUUGGCUGUUGUAUAUCAAAGAAUAGAAGAAAGAAAAAACCUCAAUAAUUCAUGUUAUCAAAAAUUUGACAAAGAAGGUAGUGAUUUAAAUUCUGCUCCCUCUUUAGUCGAAUUUUUCAAAGCAAAGCAAGGUCAGAAUGUUCCCAAACGUCUUUACAUUGCUUUGAAAUGGUAUAGAUUAGUAAGCUGAAACGAAAAAUUAAUCAGGGAAGUUUACGAAAAAUCCAGCAAACAAGCUUAAAAAAGGCUUUUAUUUAGACUUCAUACUUCAACGAACUUCACAAAUCUUACUUGUUUAUCUUCUAAGUAAACGAUGGCAGGUUAAUUCCCGAAGCGCUUUCUGAGUUUCCCGAUCCCUCUCCUACUGCUUUCACGCUUUACAAAACAGGAAAAAAUCAAAAGGAGGAAGAUACAGCUGUUUUGAAACGCCAUUUGACGAGGGUAAAUCUGCUUUUUGUCCGACACUUUACAUAUCAAAACAAAGGAAAUUUGUUCCUCUUUUUGAUUCUGGCGGUACAGUUUUAAUUUGCGCCUGCGUAAAAGAGAUAUCGCCCGAGACCCUUCGCUCGGUCGUGUUUUGGUCAAAAACGCCUUGUUAAUUUCACGCAACCGCUCGGAGAAAAGGUAAAAAUGACGAGGGAGAAACUUUACCUUCAAGUUAGAAAAUUAGCAAAAUAGAAAGCCACAAUAUUAUAGUUUAAUAUUUCAGAGGUACAUUGAGCGCUUUUUCCGUAGAGAAUCCGCACGAUGGUAAAACAUUCGAAAAUUACACUCGACAUAUCAAACUCUUUCCCCAGUGCGACGAACAUUUGUUUUUCUCGGUUCCAGGUGUACGCAACCACUAACCCUACGUAAUACGCAUGCUCUCCGUUACGAAUUUUCAAAAUGGCGGACAAGCCAAAGAAUGAAAAAAACAAAGCGAUUUUGCAAUGAAUACUCAACAUAAACCCUCGUUAGAAAGGCGAAUCCACGGAGGAAAGAUACAAAACUGUAUGAUACUGAGAUCGAUAUGAUAUUAAAUCGACACCGAAAGCCCGUUUCCAACUUGCUAAGAAGCGCAUUUAAUUGCCUUCCGCCACGAUCACUAGCUUUCUUGACAGCUUUCUGAAGACAGAAUACUUUCUUUCUGAAGACUUAUAAUGUGCGGCUAUUGAUUAUUACACCUCGUAUACCUGAUUGCUCAAACACUUUGUUUACGAUUGUUGAAAGGACCGACUCAUGGUUCUCCAUCUUCGUCUUUACACUGCUUUGAAAUAGUAUAGAUUAGUAAGCUGAAACGAAAAACUAAUCAGGGAUGUUUACGAAAAAUCCAGCAAACAAGCUUAAAAAAGGCAUUUAUUUAGACUUCGUACCUCAACGAACUUCACAAAUCUCACUUGUUUAUCUUGUAAGUAAACGAUGGCAGACUAAUUCCCGAAGCGCUUUCUGAGUUUCCCGAUCCCUCUACUGCUUUCACGCUUACAAAACAGGAAAAAAUCAAAAGGAGGAAGAUACAGCUGUUUUGAAACGCCAUUUGACGAGGGUAAAUCUGCUUUUUGUUCGACACUUUACAUAUCAAAACAAAGAAAAUUUGUUCCUCUUUUUGAUUCUGGCGGUACAUUUUUAAUUUGCGCCUGCGUAAAAGAGAUAUCGCCCGAGACCCUUCGCUAGGUCGCGUUUUGAUCAAAAACGCCUUGUUAAUUUCACCCAACCGCUCGGAGAAAAGGUAAAAAUGACGAGGGAGAAACUUUACCUUCAAGUUAGAAAAUUAGCGAAAUAGAAAGCCACAAUAUUAUAGUUUAAUAUUUCAGAGGUACAUUGAGUGCUUUUCCGUAGAGAAUCCGCACAAUGGUAAAACAUUCGAAAAUUACACUCGAUUUGAGUGGGGUGUUGAAGUGGGCGUGGUCACUACAUUCAUUUUAAGACUAUUUGUACCCCAUGAGUUUGAUAUGUUGAGUGGGGUCUUGAAGUGGGCGUGGUCACUACAUUCAUGUUAAGACUAUUUGUACCCCAUGAGUUUGAUAUGUCCCAACUAGGAUCCCGGGUAGAAUGCAUAAGUCCUGCCUAAACUCCCGGGUGGGAUGCAGAAAUCCCUCCUAAGAUCCUGGGUGGGAUGCAGGAAUCCUGCAUUAAAUGCGGGAUCCCAGGUGGGAUCAAAUUUUCAACCCAGGUGGGAAAGGUGGGAUCCCACCACCUAAUUAAGGAUUGCCAGGAUCCCGCUUAUAUCCCACCUGACAUUUUACCUGGAUCUGAGAAGAAUCAAGUCCACACUGGUGAUUUGACACAUUGUAAGCAAACCCUACAACUGAAUAAAUUUUAUUUGAUCAAAAGCAUGAAGAGCAAUAGAAGAAAUUGGCUAGCACAAUUCAAGUUUCCCUUCUUAAGUAUCCUGUGAUCGUUUCUUCUACCAAAGGGAAAUGUUUAUAGUUUCCCUCAUUUCAUUGUCUUCUGUUCAUCUGUUUGCUUUCCUUGCGAUCUUAACUAUUUGUAGAUAGAAAUAAGAGAGAUGAAUUGAAAAAUAUCAAUUAAGGGAUCACUAAUUGAUGCGGUACCAAAUUCUCCAAGCAAAUAUAAUAAUAAUUCUUUGGCAGACAGUGAGGAGAAUUACCCGUGAGAUCUUGAGAGUUAAAGGGUUGAAACAUAAAAUUUUAUUAUUUGUAGGCAGGUUAAGGAGGAAAUUAAAGGAAUGGAUAUAUGUUACAUAAAAAGAAAACCCUUACAAUAAAAAUAAAGCAGAAGCAUAUUACCUACGUGUCUUUGCUUCUGAAGAAAGCUAUAAUAAGUAUUUUACAGCAAUUAGCUACAUAAUUAUGUAAACGGGGUGCGAUGUGCAGUCAUAAAAGCAAUUAUUUUAUUCUAAAAUUCCUCCUUCAAGGGUGCCUUGUGUAUCAAAUAUAUCAAGUUCAGUACCCCCAGAGUCAUAAGCCGGGCUAUUGGGCUACAAAGUAAUAAAAUAAUCAACGCGAUAUGGCAGGACAAUUUAUCGAGAGUCAAUUAAAUAUAAUUUCCUACAAUCUUAUGGAAAGGUUAAAAUGUUCUUCACUUGUGCUACAUACACGGAUUUAUCGUUCUUAAGUGCCUCGCUAAGAGCGGUCCUCUUGACUUCCCGUCGGAAAAAAGUUUUGUUUUAUUUUUUGCCCAUGAAAAGGGUUUAGGACGCAUGUUUCAAAAACAGUUAAGUUGUUCUCCAAUUCUCUUUUUUUGCGUCUCCACAAGUCAAAAAUGAGUUUUGGCCAGACCACAAAAGUGGACAGCGAUAGAAAGUGUAAAUUUCAAAGAUUUUGUCCAGCGCAGCGAUUGCAAAAAUGUAGCUCACGGAAUUCUAUCUUGCUACAAGUUACAAGAUGUGUUCAGUUAGUUCAUAGACAAAGUAUGAAAACUUAAGCUGAAAUAUUUUUCAUACCAGCGUGAUCAGAGGAGACCCUCUUCCUUCUUCGAUAUUUAAUUUGCAUAUUGUACGAAAGAAAAAUGCAGGCGUAAUCAGGGGCUAUUUGUACCGGUAACGAGGGAAUUAACCAUCAUGGAGUUAUGACGCAGGCGUUAAUCGGGCUGAAAAAGCAUAUCAGUGCAUAGUUCAUACACCAAUGAGGUCUCGGAUUGCCUCAAACCCGCGGGUAUAUCUCUAGCUUCCAUCCACCAACUUCUUAUAAACAACGCAAAUCCAUGUGGUUGCUCAAUUGCGUACGUGUCAAAGAUCAUUUGCAUGAUUCUGAAAAUUGACCAAGAUCUCCUUUUGACCGUUCAAACUUCGUUCUUUUAUCUUCCACGUUGAGGACUCUAGGUUUUCAUAGCAACUGAAUGGAGAUUAGAUGCCGAGUUGUCCUAAAACGUUGCGUAAUCGUGUCAAAACGUGAUCUGUCGCAACGCUUGCGCGCUUGCGCGCUUGCGUGACUUAUAUAGUAGACAAAGGUGAUCGGAAGACGCCUUCUCGAUAAUUUACGUUGAAAUAUCAGGUCAUGAAUUACGCACAGUGUAGAGAAGAGCAAAAUUAAAGAACAAAAUUUGGCACUCUGGUCAUAACAGAGAUAUCGCGUUGCUUAAAAAGGACACAAAAACAACUUAAAAUAAGUGACUGUUUUUAUUUACAAAACAACACGCACACACUCUGAAACAAUUCUUGCAAUUUCUCCCGAGAUUUAGUUUACGGAACCCGAUGAAAUAGCCCUCCUUUCUGCAAAUUUGUUUCUAUCGUUAAUGAUGUUACGCUCUAAUGGACCACAGCGGUUUUGACCGACAAACUCGACAUUUCCCUGCGACCAUCAAAAUCAAUUGGACAAACCCAGCUUGAUGUAUUGCGUGACGCGAUUGUGCAAACUUUUCUCUUUGUCAUGCGACCUGUUUCGCGGGUUUUACAAGUUGGAACCAAAAUUAGUAAAUGUAACGAAUUAGAAUCGAAAGUUAUUAAAUUAGACUAAAGAAUUUUACAUUUUAAUGAGAAUUUUAACUUUUAAAAAUGUUUACUUGAGUCAUGGAAAGCAAAGAUCGGAGUAGCUUUGGGUAUUUCAGCCAUCAUUUGGAAAAAAUAAAACAGUUAUUAGUAUGUUUUAAACAUCAGAACACCUGAGAAGACACUGGAAAUAUUGUAAAAGUAUUUUUUAGUACCCAGAGCAAAAAGAAGAAUGUGAGCAGGGAUAGGAGACUGAGUUUACAACGCCAUUUGUCGUAAAAGCUGUCACCAGCUUGUUAUUGAACUCAUUAAAAUUUACGCGGAAGGCUUUAACUUUCUUUUGUCGCGAAACUCGUGGAUUUUAAAACUUUGAAACGACGCACGAUGAAUCCUGAAACUGGAGUUUGAGUCCAUUGGCAAACUAUGCCAGCUGGUCUCAUGAGCAGAUCAAGCGCUGACGAAAUUUGACAGUUUGGAAAUUUAAAGCGGAUGCAAAAAUCGAGACAAAAUUUCGUCAUGACACAACUUGUCCUUUGAUUUUGCCAAGAGAAUUCUGGUUUUGUCUGCUAGUGUAGAUUGCCCAGAUAGACACUUACGAAUCAAUUUUUAGUUAAAUAAUAACCUUCACUCUCAAGAAAUUGCAAAUAUAUUACCCAUGUGAUCCGACUACAACUUUAAUUCCGAAAACUUCGAAAACAUCUCCAGUUAGUCUGGCUUUCUUUUACUGCCUCACAUUUUCCCUUGUGAUGUGGCUGUUAACAAGUGUUUUCAAGUGUUCGGAUAUUUAGAACAUACCAAUAACUGUUAUAUUUAUUCCAUGUCGUGGUCAAAAUGACCAGAACGAAACAAACUUAACUUUUAAUCGAGGAUUUCGCUGGAUAGCUGGUAGUACUUCAAAUGACUCGAUACUUCGUCCUGUUGUCACAGCGGAUUUAGAGCUCCCCGAUUCAAAUCUGCCAGCAGAUAUGGAUCCCCCUUCGCAGAUUUGGACUCCCCCCCUCCUUUGUAUCAUAUUUGGUAACUAAUUCUAUUUGCAAGCUUUCUGUCGAUGUUAUUUUCAAUCACAACACAACAUUCCUCAAUAAAGGUAAAAAAAAAAAAACCCAGCCAUUUCGUUCCAAUUCUACCGCAUUUAUUAUAGCGAGCCGUACAGUAUACGCAAGAAUUAGAUGUGACCAAAGUACUGCAUUCGAACUAUUGAAAUUGUUACAAUAAAUCUUUGCUUCUUCUGAUGCGAAUCAACAUUGAUACGAAACGUCAGAACAAUAGUGGAGACUAUUGCGUCCAGUCACAAAUGGCGUUGUAAACUCAGUCUUCUUUCCCCGCCUCACAUUCUUCUUUUUGCUCUGGAUACUAAAAAAUACUUUUACUAUAUUUCCAGUGUCUUCCCAGGUGUUCUGAUGUUUAGAACAUAUCAAUAACUGUUUUAUUUUUUCCAAAUGAGGGCUGAAAUACCCAACCCAAGCUGGGUUUGUCCAAUUGAUAUUGAUGGUCGCAGAGAAGUGUCGAGUUUGUCGCUAAAAACCGUUGUGGUCCAUGAGAGCGUAACAUCAUUAACGAUGGAAACAAAUUUGCAGAAAGGAGGGCUAGUUCAUCGGGUCCGUGAACUAAAUCUCGGGAGAAACUGCAAGAAUUGUUUCAUAGUGUAUGCGUGUUGUUUUGUAAAUAUAAACACUGUGACCUAUUUUAAGUAGUUUUUGUGUCCUUUUAAGCGACGCGAUAUGUCUGUUAUGCCAGAGUGUCAAAUUUUGUUCUUUAAUUUUGCUCUUCUCUACACUGUGCGUAGUUCAUGACUUGAUAUUUCAACGUAAAUUAUCGAGAAGGCGCCUUCCUAUCACCUUUGUCUACUUUGUAAGUCACGCAACCGCGCAAUCUUUACGACAGAUCACGUUUACGAAACGUUUUAGGACAACUCGGCAUCUAAUCUCCAUUCAGAUGCUAUGAACACCUAGAGUCCUCAACGUAGAAGAUAAACGAGCGAAGUUUGAACUGAAAAAAGGAGAUCUCGGUCAAUUUUCAGAAUCAUGCAUAUCUUUGACAAGAGCGCAAUUGAGCAAACACAUGGAUUUGCGUUGUUUUUAAGAAGUUGGUAGAUGGAAACUAGAGAUAUACCCACGGAUUUGAGGCAAUCUGUGACCUCAUUGCUGCAUAAACUAUGCACGGAUAUGCUUUUUCAGCCCGACUAACGCCUGCAUUAUGAGAAUUCUUUCGUACAAAGUAGUGCAUUUUUGAUAUGCAAAUUAAGGUCGAAGAGAAGGGUCUCUUCUGAUCACGCUUGUAUGAAAAAUAUUUCAACUGAAGUUUCCAUAUUUGUCUGUGAACUAACUGAAUACAUCUUGUAACUUGUAGCAAGAUAGAAUUCCGUGAGCUACAUUGUUACAGUCGCUGCACGCUGGACAAAAUCUUUGAAAUUUACACUCUCUAUCGCUGUCCACUUUUGUGGUCUAGCCAAAAAUCGUUUUUGACUUGUGACGACGCAAAAAAAGAGAAUUGGAGAACAACUAAACGAUUUUUGAAACAUGUGCCCUAAACCCUUUUCAUGGGCAAAAAUUAAAAGAAAAACUCUUUUCUGACGGGAAGUCGAGAGGACCGCUCUUAGCGAGAGCGGCACUUAAUUACUGAUGAAAUUCCGAGAGUCACCUUAAUGAAUUCAAUAGAAAAUAUCCGAGAACGUUACAGAAACGGACUCUCAAAAACGGCUCUAGAAUUAAAAAACUGUAAACAGCAAUUAUUUACGCUAACUAUGUGCUCACCAGUGUGCUUGUGAGCUCAAAUUGCUAAGACCCCAUUUAAUUACACGAUCACAGCUCAGACGCUUCUAGCAAAAUGUGAUGACUAUCGAUUUCAGAGACUGAUUCUUUAGUUUCCAGCGUUAGGAAAAAAAUAUCGUAUCGCAACCAUGUUCAUCAUUACCCGAGCAGUAAGUACGCCUCGAGAUGUUGAGAGAAGAGAGAGUGGCUCCAUGUUUGGUGAGACAAUUGAAAUUAUUUCCUGAAGUUCGUACGAAUCGAGUAUAGCACUGAAAAGUACCAUGACUAAGCAAUGAAGUUCACUCAUUCAGCGGUAGAACUAAUUUUACCCGUGAGUUUGUUCGCACCACACAUUUGCGGUCCGUAAUUUAUUCCCAGAUGUUUGAUGGGUUCUCACAUGACAAUAUUGUCAAAAUCAAAUUACCGCGUCAGGAUUAAUGUAAACAUGGACAUCGCUGACUCAGUCUCAUUUUAUUUUAAUUUUGGGAAAGGCUACCACUUCGUUCUUAGGCUAAAAAAACACUUCUUUUCAAAGCGCGAUUUUUUUAAAUGAACAGAGUAAAUCCUGCGAUAGUUGACCAGAGAGAGAAAGAGGUAGAAACUUGCGCUCGCCGUUCGCUAUCAUUUGAAAGCUUUCUGGGCCAAACAAAAUCCGUAAGAUAACUUCUUUUCCAUUAACACCACGACUGCAUAAAACAUUCCAAACGACAGGAAAAGAAAUACCUUGAAGAAUACGAACACUUUGAAAUGUUAUUCGAGCGAUGAACCGGCGCGAGGGUUUUUAGGCGAUGACGGCCAAAGUCAUCGGCCAAAAAAGAUUUGAAUUUUUCUGGGCCUUAACGCUAAAGAAAACCCAGAUAGGACACGACCUACCUCCUCGUCUUUCUCAGAUCCUUUGUAGUUCGCUUCUCUUUGUUGAUGACCUCUUCUCAGUCUGUUUUCAGGACCGUCUUUUUAUUUCCUUCUCAUGUUCCUACUCGCUACAUAUUUGCCUUUUUACCCAUGUCUUUUCCUAUUCUUUUUCACGUUCCUUUCACCGCAUUCUGCCUAUUUUGGUGUCCUCUCUAACUUUCUUGCCCGUUUUUCUCGACUCGCUUGUAUAUAUAUAUAUAUAUAUAUAUAUAUAUAUGUAUAUAUAUAUAUAUAUAUAUAUAUAUAUAUAUAUAUAUAUAUAUAUAUAUAUAUAUAUAUAUAUAUAUAUAUAUAUACACACACCUAAAUUUUUUAACCUUCCUCUGAUAUGUAAGUCCAUGCUAUUCCUUGUUUUUUGAUCGGGAUCAUUUGCGGUCAUUGGAUCAUUUGCGGACCCAUACAUAUUUCUCGUUCUUUACAUGUGUAUAAGUGAGUCAGUAAUAAAAACAAGUUUGGCUUAAAGUCUUCAAUCUUCUUUUUCAGCGCACUAAUGAAGGAAAGCUUUUUAAAAUAUAAUUUUCACUAACUUUUGUCCUCGUGAAAGUGUAUACAUCUCCAAUAUAUAUAUAUAUAUAUAUAUAUUGGUUCUUUACCCGGUCAGUAUUUUUCCUAUAUGUAUGUAUGUAACGCUUUCGUGAGUCGCCGAGUAAAUCCCAAUUUCGUUGUCAUUUUAUAAACAUAUAUAUAUAUAUAUAAACACAUCGGUCACUACCUCAAGCCGAUAAAUAACUUAUGAAAUAAUUUUUUUAUCAAAACUUUUUUAAAAAAAUUGUUUAAAUGAAUUUUUAAACAAUUUUUUCAAAACGUUAGUUGACAAGCGGCCAGCAAAAAACCUUCUCAAUUUAGUUUUUAUCGUUCAAAAAGUACCCAGAAAGUUGAAACGUGACUUCAUUUGGUUACAGUUAAACUGAACGAUGGAAAUUCAUUUAAUAUCUGAAUUUUUCGAGCAAUCUGUUCAUAGUGAAAGAGCGAGGAAGUUUUAAUUUAAGUUCUACAACAAAUAUACGCUCCUGGUGAGUCUUUCCAAUUCCGUUCAAUUUGGACAUUUGUACCUUAAAUUGCACAACAGAAAUUGAAGGAAUUUUUUUUGAGAAAACCGCAUUACAUUCCCUUGUGUCUCGUUGGAGUGUGCCGUUCGAAAGUUUUUGUGAAGGAAAGAUCAGAGUUAAACACGCCAUUACAGCAAACAAACGAGCAAACUCUCACAAUCAAAAAUAAAAAAUUGAAUUUACUCACAAUUACUUUCCUCGCCGUUUACUUAAUGAACAGAGGUAAAUCUUCGUACAUGAAUGAAUGGUCGAUGAGAGUGAAUAAUACUUUCCGUUAGAUCAUUAACUGAUUUUGAAGAAAACAUUGUCGUGACAGUCCUUGCCAAACUUGUUCUGUUUGUUUUCAAAAUAAUGUUUCAAAGUUUGUUUGGAAGCCUUUUAAAUCACCUUUAUCGUUACGGAAAUGAAAAUGUUCCGCUGAGGCAUCUCUCCUAAAUUUGCAUCACCUCUAUUUUAACUACCAUUUACCCACUCAAAAAUUGUUCAGUUUAAGGAAGAUCUUGCCGUAUUUACGGCCCUAAAUCAUUCGGGUUCUUUCGGAAAAAAUUUCGUUAAGUUUAAAAACAAUAAAUAUGUUAUUUACCGGCUAAGGCUCAAGAUUGUUCAUCCUGUGUAAAUCCCUGAUGACGUCUGUGUGAUCAGACGAAAUCGGUCGGAUAAUAAACUUAGUUUACAAGAUUUGUUGCUGUGUGCUGCUCACAAGUUUUUUACUUAAAAAAACUUUAAAAAAAAAAAAAAACGAUAAUUGCUACUCACCCCAAUUCCCUAUCCUCACCAUUCCCACAUCCUUGCUAUUCCUUAUCUUUUACUCGGGAUCAUUUCCGGUCUCCAUUAUGCAAGGAUCAUCUCCGGUCCGGGAUCAUGCGCGGUCUAAUUUGGGGAUCCUUUGCGGUCCGGGAUCAUUUGCGGUCCUAAGAUCAUUUGCGGAUCCGUACAAAUAUCUGGAAGAAAUGAUAGCUACAUCAUGCUCUCCUAGAAAAGUGUACAUACGUGUAUGAUUAGAAGGUGGAGACAAAACUGUGAAAGGAAAUUUAAUCAGUCAAUUCGCAAUGUUAUGAAAUAAAAAGUCAAUCUCCAUAAUAAUUAUAGCUAGUAUUUACUUCGGUGGCCCUUCACAUAAAGCAAUGUUUUCACUUAGGUCGACUUAACACCAGCGUCAUAUGACUUCAGUGAGAGACAACAAUCGUAUCUGAUCAAGCUCGACGUGCGGGAACCCCGCUUAAAGCGUGUACGUCAGGGGCGUGUUUUUGCUAACCACCCUGUAAAUGAAGACUUUGAAGAGCAGCUCUCAAAGCCGUUUUACUUCCAACAGGAAGAUCAUGGAACUAUUAGUGGCGUCCAUUUCGCAAAGAGGUCUGAGUCACCCGAAAUUGCAGCCUUCAAGAAAGGUAGGGAACAGUGAGACAAAGUAUAUUGCCAGAUUUUGCAGCGGUAUUAGCGUUUCAGAUAUAAUUUUUGACUAGAUAACUACUGUCAAAGCCAUUCACGAGUAGCAGAGAAAGCGCUAAAGAUAUCCAUAAUGAUAAGCCAUUUUUCAGCCACAUUUACAUGUAAAUGAUUGUGGCUGAACGACGAUUUAAGAAAGAGAUUCGAUUUGCUACCUCUUCCUAUCUGUCUGAAAUGGAAUUUAAGGGAAGCAAAAAGCAAAAGAAAACAACUGUUUGCUCAAAGUGCACAGAUUUUUCCUCAUCUGGAGACUUGUUGGGCAAGGUAGAGUGCUCAAAUUAUUAUUAUACGUUCGACGUAAGCAUGAAAAUGUAUGUUUUUAUAAGUUAGCUCUUGCUCAUGCUAUGCAAGAACUCAGUUUAACAAGAGAGGAAUGGUAACUCGGCCCAGCUACAUGCGAUUCUCCUCCUCUUACUCAUUGUUUGAUCACAGGUAUUACAGGCGCAUUUCAGCUUAAUCUAAAAGAAGUGCAUAGAUCUAACAUCUAUGAAGUGCAAGAACACGAUGAUUCUGGAAUCUUUCGAACAAAGUACAGGGUGAUUUCGGCCAACGAUACACACGCUCAUCUUCAUCGCUCUUGGACGAACCAAGAUUAUCAAAUAUUUGCGGACGGUACCCAGGCCAAGGCAGAACACAGGGUGCAGUCUCAACACAAUGCACAUAUUCAUGUGAAAGACGGAAAGAUAGAAAGAGUUCACCGUACUAAUAAAGCAUUUUUUAGACCUUCCAAUGGUCAUCCUAGAGCAGACAAUUUCGAGGGUUUUAAAAGCCAAGAGCAAGACAUUGAGAUGUCAACAAAGGGAUACAGCAAACUGACGUUAAGAUCUUGUCUAAGACCUAAACACCAUCAGUCCAAACGCUCGGCAUCAGAGAAACCGCAUGUGAAGAUAGCUCGUACUCUCAACGAAGACAGUCUUUUGUUUACUGAUACUGAGAAGAUAAACUGGUCCAAGAUCGGUGGAGAGAGGAAAAAGCCGAGGCCUUUCUAUGAAGUGCUGCGCUGUUUCACCGACAAAAGCAUGAAGGAGCGUCAAAUUGCUGAUUGCUCUAAUGAGAUGCAUCGUAUGGUUCGUGAGGACAAAGAAACUUUCCGAAUAAUCAACACACUUGUUCGGAAUCGAAGUCACCAAAACAUUACGUCGUGGGCAAUAUAUAUAGCAACACUUGCCGGAAACGGAAACUAUCACGCCCAAAACACUUUAGCGGAAGCGGUUAAAGAAAAUUACCCUCGAAUCCUUACCAGAGAAGAGUACGAGACACUUCUGACUGGAAUAUUCUUCUUACCAGAAGGUCCACUUCAUUCACAACUUUUCGAUGCCUUGCUAAAUCUUGCAUUACGAGGAGAGAAAGAAGACGAAGUUACAUCUACAGCCAUGCUUGUCUUAGCCGGACUAGCUGAAAGAGCAAAGAGAUCGGGAUAUAACGAGACCUUAUGUGACAGAGUCGCUGAUAUGAUCCACAGCAGAUACAAAAACAGAUCAACACUGUUUCAUACCGACAGCUUGGACCACGAAAUACAGCUGAGAGACCACAUCUGGGCCUUUGGAAAUCUUGGUCAUCAUUCCGGACUUCCCGUCAUCUUGAAACACAUUGACCACAAUAACUCUGGUAUUCGAUCAGCGGUGAUCUCAGCCAUGCGCAAGCUUCCCACGAGAGAUACGAAUCAACACUUGAUGCAAGCGCUAUACGUAGAUGAACAUCCUGAAGUAAAAGCUGCUGUGGUUGAUGUUUUGGUUGAGCGUCAUCAAAAUUUAAGCGACUCAGUGGUACAGGGGCUGGAACGUGCGUUAUGGCUAGCCGCAGAAAGUGAGACUCUAGAUUCUUCGAUUAUUCAACUUAUUGAAAACCAUGGGGAUCAUCCCAAAGCAGUUUAUUUAAGGAAGAGACGAAGAGCAAUUCAUCGCCAAAAACGUGCUCUCUUCCCAUUCCUUCAUCCAAGAGAGUUUGCUCUUGGCCCUUCAAAGCGAUGGUUGAAGACCUACGGUGGUAAGUGGAUGGGAGCCGAAUCGGUCAUACAGUUCAUUAAUCAAGUAAAGCUAAGAAUUGGCAUUUUUGGUGGAAAAUUUGAGGUGAAUCUUGACAACCAAGCUUAUAUUCAAGCUCACAUUCUCAAGUUUGGAUUUGAUGUCGUGCGAGGUAAAGCUACUUUCAAGGCUUCUGCCAGUUUCAAGAAUGAUUUCCCGAAAGACCUCAUCCACGCCAUUGCUGAUACUGGCGACAGCCUCCUUAGGCAGUUUGAUAGUAUUACGAGCGUGAUUGCUGAACAGAUAAACCAGUUUAUCAGCAAGCUUGCUGGUUUUUUACCGUUGCAAAUAGACAAAUUUAUAGAGUUCGUCAGCAAGCUUGUUCAAUUUGUGCAGAACCUGGUGCAGCCUUUACGACCGAUUAAUCUGAUCGGAAAAAUCAUAAAGUUUACCAAAGAUGUUCUAAGCCGCCUUAAGGACUGGAAGUGGCUAAGAGACAUGAUAAAGAAAAUACAGCAAAGUCUCGGAAGGCUGACUGCUAUAGACUACGUUUUUCAAAAAGUUAUUUCAUCUCUGGACAACAUCCUCAGCAUUGUGGGUAAAAUAACCAACUAUUUGCCUCAUAAACUGCCGGAAAAUUUCAAUAUCAAGACACUCCUGCACAUUCUUCGCUCGGUCUCUGUCGACCUGCAUUUUGACAAAAUCAAAGAGUAUUUCAAUUCCUUAGGGAUGUCUGUUCCUGGCGGUUUCAAUUUCCAGCUUCCGUUCAAGUUCUCCAUCCGCCUUUCGCUUUCUCUGGAAACACUUCAGCAAACUUCCUUAAAUCUUUUACAGUUUGCCAAUCGUUUCCUGGAUAUGUCUUCUUUGCUUGAUUUUCUCCAAAGCAUUAGAUUCCCAAGGUUACAGUUACCAGACAUGAACCAACGAUUCCCUUCUUUUAAUUUGAGUGGUUUUAACUUUGGUCUGCGUUUUGAUUGGCGAAUCAGCCUUAAGUUCAAGCUCAAUCUGAAAUCAAUGGGCUUCCAGAACUUUAUCACUAUUUUAGAUAAACUUGGAGCCUUUCUAGUACAGUUCAAACUCUCAGGUUUUGAUCUCGAAAAGUUUUUUGAAGAAAUAUUGCCUGGCAAGAACUUCGAUUUUGGAACACUUUUUAAAGAAAUUUUGGGCCGAAACUCCAACUCGAAUUCUUCAAAUUCGGCUGCAGCUCUGCAAGAAUUCCUAGAGAGUCUUUUUGAACUACUUGACGUUCAAUAUGAAAAUGUGUUAGCAAUAGCUGACAUCACAGAUUUCUUUCAGGAGCUUGGGCCGGCAGUGGAGCAGUUCACGAAGAAAAACGUACAGCGUAUAUGUGGAGUGUAUAAAUUGGCUUUGAAAAAGGAAUUUAGAGAGUUUGGAGUAAACGUUGAGCAGGAAGGAAUUCAGGUGCUUCGGCUCGUGGAAAAUACAACCCAGAGUGCACUAACGGAACUAUUAAACUUUACUGUCCUUGUAGAUUCUCUAAUAGACGAAAUUCAGCGCAACUUUACCACAGCUGCAAAAGGAUUCGUUUUAGACUCGCUGCAAGAGCUAACCGGCAAACUGAAAGAUAUUCGGAAUCUUGCAGAUGAUAUAGUGAACUUUGUCAACGGGACAGCCUCACAAGUCAAUGGUGCAUGCACCAAAGCUACAAAUUUCUCCGCUGACAUAAUAGAUAAAGUACAAGAAAACGCUCGUGAAGCACUUAUCGAGUUAGGAUCGUUCAUUGGACCUGUCGUCAUUAACAUAAAAGCAGUUGGAGGACAAUUAAAAUCCGCCGUGUCUAAUAUCGAGACUUGGCAUGCAGAGUAUAUGGCAGCUCGUGUCGGGAAGAUUUCUCGCGUUGCUCAGAUAAUAUCAGAUUUCCUUUCAAUUCUUAAUACAAAGAAAGGGUUUCUCAAAUCCGUCCGUGAAAUAGCUAUGAAAAUCAACGACGCCCUCGCGCAUCUCCGAAAUCUUCCAGAGUACGCGACUAAAGCAAGGAAAACAGUAGAUGAUAUACUUAACUUUGCAGACAGAGCUCAAGACUACGAAAAAGAGAUCAAGAAGCUUGAUAUCAGAAAGCAGUUUGGACUUGACUUUGAUCAGCGAAUAAGAGAUGUCUGCAACAAGUUUAAGACCAUCGCUGCUGAGACGCUCGAUAAGUUUGGAAACUAUGACAUUGUCAAAGAAGUUGAUACGUUUUUCAACAAAGAGGCCGAUAAGCUCAUCAGCAAAGCCGUGUCAAAGUUUCUUAUAAUUAAAGAACCGAUUGACGAGAUGCAAGACGAAUUACGAAAUAUCAAAGCCAUGGUGCGUGAAGUGAUGGGUGUCUUAAUUGAGCUUAAGCCUUUCACCAACAAUUUUUCGCCUAUUCUAGAUACGGCAGGUAAACUACCCGACUGCAAGCAGAUCAAGAAAAUACUCGAAGACAGCACCAAACCAUGCAUCUGCAAAGCUUUUGGGGUUGGAAGAUACGUCAUCGAUCAGUACAAGGACUUCAAGAAGGAAGUGAGAGUUCUAUAUGACAUGGUUCCGGCUACAUGGAAGAACUUCAAAAUACAGAAGUGUGUCAAGGGUGGAGGUUGCAUUUCCGAAGCUUUUAUCGAUCAAGCUAGAACCAUCAAAGAUAAGGUUGAUGUGCUUAAAGAUAAGUUUAAAGAAGCGAGUGGAUACACUGACCUGCUUGAAACUUGCAAACAAGGGGUUGAUAACAUCACAGCUGUUAUCGACACGGUGAAACUAUUAGCGGAGCAAGUCCGGAAUUUCUCCCUUAAAGAUGAUGUUCAAAGAGUAAAGGCGGUUUUCCAAAAGAUCACUGGCCGACAGGCUGAGAACAAAGAGGGGAGUGGCAUUCAAAGGCACUCCGUAGGAGAAGUAAAAGGACGAAUCGAAAGAAUUGUGGACUAUAUACAGAAGGCAAGGGAAACUAAGGAGAAAAUGCAAGACUUUCUCGAAAACACAUUCAAAGCAAUGAGAAAUGUUUACGAUGAUGCCGUUCUAGAACAUAUCGAAGCCGUUGAAGAUGUGCGUUCCAAACUUAAACUAUCAUACGAACUGUGGAAAAAGACAAAGAAUAUCAACCACGUCCUGGGAGGACUAGGUACUGUGACCCAAGGUGCGUUACAAUAUGCUGAUAGCUUAAAAGGUGUAACAAGUUCAGUCUCGAGCCCAAUCAUCGACCUCUUAUCUGAAACAGGAGAACUCAGUGAUGUCGUGAAGCCCUUUCUUGACAAAUAUGCCACCAAAUUCACUGAUACUGUAACAAAAGUCAACAACUUUAUGGACAAGGUCACAGACUUUCUUAACAAGCUACAGCUGCGACAGAGAGGACUAGACCCCAGGGCCUACAAACCGUGGGAACAAAUACCCUAUUGUUCGGAGGAAGUUUGUGUACGAUCAAUCCAACGAUCGUCAUCACUCUAUCUAAAGACUAUUUUCACUUGGAAGUUCCCACAUCUAGAUGACCUUUCCUCCAUGGACAAGAGUGGGCGUUGGCUGAUCCCAGGUUUGUUUGAUGACUAUAAAGUAGAGGGAAUUUCAAGGCUCUCCCAAAGCGAGGUUAUUUUGGGUAUGCAUGGAGUCUCUAGCAACAAAGGGAAAGCAUCACUUUUAGUGGUAACCAACGUUGGUUAUGGAGUUAAAAAGAUAAUUCAACUUGGUAGUCAAGGAAGCCCUCUAGUUGUAAAAAUAGGAGGAGUGGCUGUUGCUCGAGAUUACAUCUGGAUCAGUGAUAGCGCGUCAAACAAAAUUUAUUCCCUAAAGAAAUCUAGUGUAACAAGUUCGUUCUGGCCGCCAAAGCCAUCUUGGGUUGAUUUGUCCAGAUCUGCAUCAGUUGAAGGUACCGCAACCUCUCUUUCUUACGAUGAACUAUUCAAUGUCCUGUGGGUAACAGACGGCAAAGGUGGAAAGGCCUACGGCUAUAAGCUAUCUGCUAAUGGGGAUCUGUCUCCUUUUGGCUUAACACCUGACAGAGUAAUCAUCAUCGGAGCAAACGCACAAGGCAUGGCUAUCGUCAGACAGUUCAGUACCGAGUAUGUUUGCAUCUCGAAAUGUGCCAUGAUUUCUGGUUUCCAAUGUAAGCUCGAGUUCCAUGACAUCAGUAAUGGUGAUGAGACUGGAGAGGCCACGCUUUCUAGAGUCGUCAGAACCCCUUCGGGCUUAGAGUCGGUCUCCAGAGUUGACAGUGAAGUAAUCGCAGUGGCGUUCUCAAGUGGUACUUAUGCUGAGAGAGAUAAUGUAGAGCUUAUAGGUGGUGACUUUGAAGAAAGAUAUUUCUAUCUCAGACUUCCGAUUUUGAAAAUGACUUUUGGAAUCCAAGAAAACUGCCUUUUCUUUACGGUUAUGAAGGACUACAUUCUGCGACCGCGGAGGUUGUUUCCAUUCGGAGACAUGAUGUGCGGAACUACACGAAAGCGAAGCACCUCCCAAGAGCUAUUGGAGUCUGAUGUUUAUUCGGAGCAACUGGAAGAAGAUCAUAAGAGCAAUAGGAGAAUGCGCAGGCAAACCUCAGAUCUCGGCUCGUGUAUGACCUUGUUCCGUGGAAAUGUUCUUAGGGGAUAUCAGCAAUUCCUCCCUGAAUAUUCACAAAUCAUAGUUGUGUUUGGCAUACCAGUAAAACUGUUUGCUGCUGCUGGUGGCUAUUAUAGUGUAGACUUUCAAGGACAAGUUUGUUUAAAGGACAAGGUUUUUCGUCUUGGUCUCAUGCCCGGAGCUUGGAUCUCUGUCUACGCUGGUGCCGCUUUAUCACUCUUUGUUGUAGAAGCUGGAAUUACAAUUGAGGCAAGACUUUUGGAGACCCACUUUAUACCAGACCUGUUUAUCAGGAUUGAUAAGUGGCCAUUGAAAGCGUGCAUCGAGCUAAAGAUGCGAAUGACACCGCUUCGCAUUAGAGUUUGGCUUUGGUAUAGAUUCCGUCUCUGCUUCCGGUUAAGGUGCUGGUUAUUUGGCUGUAGUAUAAACAACGGAUGGUGUGGAAAAAAUACCAUCUGGGAGUGGUGGUGGUCAGCGAGAAUGAUUGACCAGACGCUCUUUACAAAUUGUCACCAAGAUGUUGACACGACGCCACCUAUCGCUGGGGAAUGUACGGCAAGGCAAGCUGCUGACAAAAUAUAUUUCGUACAGUGGCAUGGAUUCUCCGAAGAUACUAAAAUCAGCAACUACCACGUUAGGAUAGGAUCCAUUCAGGGUUCUGGCGAUGACUACUCUGCAUGGGUGGGAACAUCUUUAAGCAUAGUUGUCAAUGAUCUUCCAAUAAUGCACGGACGAGAUGUGUAUGUCAGCGUAUUGGCGACAAAUGACGUGGGGCGUGAUAGUAAGUUGGUUAACUGCCCUAAAUUUACGGCGAGACGUAAGAGUCCUCAGAUUCGGUAUGUCUACGAUGGUGUCAAUGAACGCCAAGAUGUGGAUUAUCAGUCAGAUACAUACACUUUAGGUAUGAAUUUUGCCUUUAGGAGCAAUAUAAAGAAUAUCGCAUACAUAAAAUGGGGAGUAUCGUCCUCUACCAACUGCACGUUUGACGAAGCUGAAGCAGAUAUCGUUCCCUUCACCACUCUCGGUGACUCAACUAUUAUCCAGACUUCUGGCCUGAAUUUGAAUCACGGAAAAAAAUAUUUCACACGCCUUUAUGCGAUGGAUUUGUUAGGAUUAAAAGCAGUCAUGUGCAGCGAUGGUAUCGUGAUUGACACAACUCCACCUUUUCCUGGACAUUUUCAAGAUGGUGCUGGUGAGAGCGAUGUGAUGUUUAUCCCAUCACUGAAGCGCAUCCGUGGUAAGUUCGACCCUUUCAAAGAUCCCGAGAGCCCUAUGGUGAGAUAUGAGUGGAGAAUUUUGAGAAAUAACACCAAUAAAGAUAUUACGUCAUUUGUGGAUAUUGGACUCACUCAACAGACACCCUUCAUGGAUGGCCUUUCUCUUGAGGCUGGUUUAGCUUACAAACUAGUACUCCGUGGAACAAACGCAGCAGGACUUCAAACGGUUAUUGAGACAAAUGGGUUUGUGCCAGAUAACACACCGCCGCAUUGCGAAGAGACUGCUAUUGACGUAACGAACGAUGAAGAUUUGUUUGAUGUCGACUUUGUUAGAAAAUUAAGCAGUAUUCAAGCAAAAUGGAAAUGUGUUGAUCGGGAAAGUGGCAUUCGCGCACAACUGGUGGGAGUUGGUACUUAUCCAGGAGGAGAUGACGUGAGAGCAUUUGAAGAUGUCAACUUUGUUACCCACAAAGUCAUCCAAGGUGGAAUGCUUUUUGCGAGUGUCUCUGAUGUCAACAUUCUUCCGCGAGUUAGAUAUCACGUCACCAUAAAGAUCAUAAAUGGAGCUAACCUUAAGAAAACUAUUUGGUCUGAUGGCAUUAUUAUUGACAAUACACCGUCCUCAGUCGCCUCACAAUACAUUAAAGACGGCGUAGAGGGGAAGGAUAAGAACUACACCAGCGAAAGAUACACCUUCAGUGCGCACUGGGAACAAGCAUUUGCAGAUUCAGAGAGUGGCCUGAUUGAGUACCGCGUUGCUUUAGGGACUAACCCUGGAUUCAAUGACAUUCAGAAUUUUAAGACAAUUGGCUACCAAACCGGAGUGACCAUUUCAGGUCUUUUCCUAAGCAGUGGUCAGCGUUAUUUUGUUACAGUUGUUGCCUGCAACGGGGUUGGUAUGUGUAUUAAUGGCAGUAGUAACGGAGCCAUUGUAGACUUUGUUCCUCCGCACACUGGAAAAGUAAUCACUGGAUCAACUGGUCCUCCACUUUUGUACCAGUGGAUGACUAAAUCAGUAUGGGCAAGAUGGAAUUGGUGUUUAGUGGAUGCGAACAGAGUAUCUGGACCACUCGAUCCUAAUCAGUGUAGAAACGACAGCUUCUAUGAUGUACAUAGUGGCGUUGCGGGUUUCGCUAUUUCAGUGGCCUCUUUGAAGAAUGAUGACCUAUUAGCAGCGCUUAAGACGGCUGGACGGGUUAGGGUUACUGGGCGUAACAUUGACCUCGAAGAUGGAGUUUACUCAGUUGUAAUCGAGGCAAAAGAUAAAGCAGGUGUUGUUGCUCGUGGUUUGUCAAAUACAUUCAUCGUUGAUAGUACUCCCCCACUAGUUACGUAUGUUCAACACGGACAUUUCGGCGAAACACUGUCAGCUAUCAGGAAGUUACGCAUUACUUUCAGAGCUUACUUUGAAAUUGAGGAUGAUUUAUCAAAAGUUGCGAAGUACAAAGUGGGAGUAGGAAGUUAUCCUGGGACUGAUGACGUCAUGAAAUUUCAGUCAAUUCUAUUAAGUACACCAGCUUCUUCACUGCAAGUCAACUGGACAGCGUUAAACUCGUUUUCCGUGGAAAACAACCGACGUUAUUUCAUUACCGUUUGGGCCAUCAACAAUGCUGGACUGUUUAGCAUCAAAUCCUCGUCCCCUCUACUCUCUGACCAAGAACCCCCAAAGGGUGGAAUCGUCCUAGACGGAUGGGGCUCAGCUGAUGUCCAGUAUCAAAGCUACUUCACCCUUUUCCGUGCCCAUUGGUAUGGCUUUACUGACUUCUCUGGUGUUGAAACAGUACUAUUAGGUUUAUCGUGCAAGGCAGACUCAAUCAGCUGCGAUGUGAGAAAGGAAGAAAUUGUUCCAUCCAAUACCAAUUACUAUCUGUUAUUCGGGCUGAAUUUGACUUCUGGUCACAAAUACCACGCAUGUCUCAAGAUGAUAGACAGGGCUGGGAAUCAAGCGCUUUUCCAUUCUAAUGGUGUGAUUGUGGAUAGAACUCCUCCCCUUCCAGGCUUUGUGACCGAUGGAAGACCUGGAGCGGAAAUUGACCAACAAAUCGAGAGUUCAGUUCUUCGAGCUUCAUGGUUUAACUUUACUGAACAAGAAACAAGAAUAUUAACUUAUCAGCUGGCAUUCGGCACGUCUCCUGAAGCCCAAGAUGUGCAACAAUUUACAGAUGUAGGGCUCGUAAACACAGCUUCAAGCUCUAGAUUACAAAUUUCAGAGUUGGCAAGUGGCAGUCGUUAUUAUGCGACAGUGAUUGCACUCAAUCUGCUCGGUAUGCCCAGUACGAUGGUUUCUUCCAGAGGUGUUUUGGUCGAUUUCACACCUCCCGUUUUCUCAAAGCCUGUUCUCGACGGUGACAAUCCAAAUCAAGACUUAGGUUUCACCACUGGAGGUUCCUUGGCUGCCACAUGGACCUGCGAUGAUCCAGAAACAUCGUUAGCGUCCAUAGAGAUUGCUUUUGGCUUACAGCCUGGAGAGGUCGAUUUUAUGAACUUCACAAGCUUGCCGAUUUCCAAAACAUCGUAUACAGUAGCGGGCAAUCUUCAACUGGGAUAUCGUUACUUUGCAACAGUAAAAUGCACAAACAAUGUGGGUCUGACAGCCAUUGCUGUCUCAAACGGCGUUGUGUUUGAUGACACUCCUCCAGAUUUAAUUUAUUUCCAAGAUGGGGAAUACCAAUACUCUACAAGAAACUUGACAGUAAAAUUCAAAUUUGCUGACGCGGAGAGUGGUGUAAAAGAAUAUGCAGUGAAAGUAUUCAGCUCAGUCGACGACGGUUACGGGUCCUUUAGUUUCAACGGCAAUGUUUCUAUAGCGGCUUUGAUUUUGGCCAAAGAUCUUGAUAGUGAGAGAAGGUAUUUUGUCAAUGUGACAGCAGUGAACGGUGUUGGGUUGGAAACUACCGUGAAAUCAGACGGAUUUACCGUUGAUAUUUCACCUCCAGUAUGCCUACAUGUAUGGGAUGGUCAGAGAGAUCUUCAGCAGGACUUAAAAUACGCUCCAAGCUCAAGCAAACUAAGUAUUUCGUGGGUGUGCUAUGAUAAUGAAUCUCCCAUACUUCGAUAUCGUUUCGCAGUUAAAAGCUUGCGCACAAGCGAAUACGUUAUUCCUUUUUAUGCUUUGAAGACACCCGUAAACUCCACAGGGUCUGUAAUAAUAACGGGAGGAGGUCAAAUUUCAACAGGAUUUCAAGAAGGGGAAACGUACGCCGGUGGUAUUGAGGUUCUUAACGCUGUCGGCCUGUCCUCAGUACAUUGGACGGAUGGUGUUAUCACUGAUAGCUCCCCACCUGAAGUGAACGACUUGAAAUUAACAUAUGACCCAAAUAAUGAUUCUGUGAGCGCUUCAUGGGCUGCGAAGGAUGACCAAAGUGGACUCGAGUUUGUCGCAUGGGGAUUGGGAACUAAUCCAGAGAAUAACGACAUAAGAAACUUUUCAAAAGUGCCAAUAUCCAUGUCGACCGUUUUGAUUUCCGAUAUCCCUUCGUUACUCGGUUCGACGUACUUCUUGCGGCUCCUUGCUGUAAAUAAAGCCGGCUUAUCUAGUGAGACAGCAUCAAAUGGCGUCGUAAUCGACCGAACCGCGCCGAACCCUGGCGUUGUGGUUGCUCAGUAUGUUUUUCCGAGCAAAUAUGAUCGGAACAAGAAUGAAGUACUAGGAUCAUUGAUGGUGGUAAGUUGGACAGGCUUUACAGAUCCUGAAAGUGGCAUUAGACAGACCAGCUGGGCCGUUGGUGAAGAUCUUCUCUCGCUUAAAUUAAGUAGCGGUAAUUUUUAUACCGAGAUAAUCGCAGAUGACUCAGUAGGCGGAGUGGUAAUCAAUAAUCAAACUCUAGUCGAAAACAAGACUUACUUCGUCUGCAUUCGAGUCAGAAAUGGCGCUGGACUUCAAAGAACUGAUUGCUCGUCUGGAUUGUUUGUCAUAAUUGGAAAGUUUUCUGCUGGGGUUGUGAGCGAUGGCCCAGUAAUUUCAGCGAAAGAUAUUGACUUCCAACUAGAUGACAAAGCAAUUUGGGCGCACUGGAGUGGCUUCAAGGAUCCAGCAUUUGGUAUCUUCAGGUAUGAUUGGUGCAUUAGGGAUCAACCGCCUAACCCCUCUGGUCCUGAUUUUUGUAAGUGGCCAUUCUUGGAGUCAUAUCAUCUGAAAACGUCCACUAACAACUUCCACAACCUGACACUCGAACACGGCAAGAAAUACUAUGUCACAGUGAGAGCUGAGAAUAGCAGAGGAGAGCAAGUCAGUGCUUCAUCGGAUGGUGUUGUCGUUGAUCGAACGCCUCCAGUAGGAAAGUCACUCCAAAUAUCCCCCACAACUGGAAAAGGAACUAUGUAUGUGAACACACCUUCUGCCCCUGUAGUCACGUGGUCCAUAGACGAUCUUGAAAGCGGUAUAAACCAUUUUCUUGUCGGAGUAGGUAGUUUCCAUUUCCAAGACAACUUGCUAGGGUUUCAACGUGUAGACAGCCUUAGUCGCUCCAUCGACUUGGACCAACUUAAUUUUACUCUACACCAGGGACUUGUGUUUCACGUAACAGUUAUUGGAGUCAACAUGCUUGGCCUGAAAACCACUCUGACAUCACAGCAAGUUGUAGUGGACUGGACGCCACCACAACCUGGUCUUGUAAUUGAUGGUAAUCUAACCUCCACGGGUAGCCAAGAAUUCUUCGACAUAGAUUAUCAGCGCGAAAAUGGGGUACUGUCUGCUCACUGGAAGGGAUUUCAAGAUACUGAAAGCAGUGUUGCUGAAUACAAUUGGUGUGUUGGAACGACGCAAGGUAUGCAACUGACUAUUUAUAUUUUUAAAACUACUUUGUAUUCAAAGGGAUCUCGCCAAAAUAGGGCGAUAUUGGGAUCCGUGAAGUUUAAUUUAACAUUCCUGCAUUAUCGUAGAUAUGAAAGAAACCACGUUUCUUUCUGUUCCGGCGUUCGGUAUGAAUCGUUGUUGGCGCACAAGGGUGAUCACUUGAAUUAUGUUUCAUCAACUCAUAUUCUGAAAUGUCUUUCCUUCCGUGGAAUGCCUGUGGCAGGCUCAGGCAAAGGUUUGCCUGGUGUUCCUUUUUUAUCAUCAACGUAUGUUUCGCGAACUAUUUAUCCGUUCGCUAUGAACUAUAUGAAAUAAGAACACCUCUUUUCUGAGCACUUUCACCAUCAGUGUGACUUAUGCAAUAUUUGUAAUUUUCAUAUCACGCAGGAGCCUGUGACGUGCAUAACAUGACAUCUUCAAAUCCUCUAACAAGUGUGCAUCCUUCCAUCAUCCUAAAGGAAGGCCAACGGUACUUUUUUACAGUGGAAGCUAUCAAUGGUGUUGGCUUAAAAGAAACAGCUUACUCUGAUGGUGUAACACUGGAUGCCACUCCACCCAAUGUAGGGAAAGUUUUAGUUUUCUCCUCGUCUUUCCAUCGGUGUGAUGAUUAUGAUAAUUCUUCUUGCGAUAUUAAGCAACGUAGCAAUCGUUUGUUGUCGUUUUCCUGGGAAGCACCUUCCGAUGAGGAAAGUGGAAUUUGUUUUGUUGAGUGGUGCGCUAGCUCGAGAGCGAAAUCAUGUGAUAUAGUCUCGUGGUCAGCUGUAGAUACAAGUAUAACGUCGAUCGAGCACCCUCUUCCUCAGCCACUCGCAUCGGGAACUGUAGUAUUUAUUAGAUUAAAAGUUACAAAUUGCGUAGGAGUAGUAGCCACCGCCAUCUCUAAACCGCUGCUUAUUGAUAAUACCGAGCCAACAGUCGGUGCCAUUAUAGUUGGAGACACAAUGAAAACUAAGUACCUGCGGAAAGACGACCCCAUAAUAGCAGAAUGGAGUGGAUUUGUUGAUCUCGAUAGUGGAUUAAGUCACUUUGAGUGGGCUGUAUGUCACGCGGGUACUACAAAAGACUGCAUCAUUCCAUUUGUUGAUGUUGGACUCAAAACUAGCAUACAUAAUUCUGCUCUAGACAUCAAACCUGGAGUUUCCUAUGUUGUUAUGCUUCGAGCCCACAACAACGUGGGGUUGUUCAGUGAGGCUGUGUCUAACCAGUUCAUACUCGACGUCGCGGCACCGAUUGCAGGCAACAUAUACGAUGGCUCGAGCGAGAGAAAUGACGCAGCGCUGCAGAUAUCAGAAAGUGAUGUCUCCGCUAAUUGGUCACCGUUUAUCGAUCCUAACAGCAGAAUAACCGAGUACGAGAUGUGUGUGGGAACAGCACAAGAGAAGUGCGACGUGAGUGCUUUUAUCAGUGUGGGAACCGCCCUCAAAGGUAUAAUCACAGGUUUAAGUUUGAAUCACACCGGAAAGUAUUUUGUCACCGUAAGAGCAACAAAUGAAGCUGGUUACAGCAACAUUGCGGCCUCUAAUGGAGUUAAAGUCGAUAGUACUCCCCCUGUUGGGGGCAAAGUAAGAGAUGGACAAACACUUGAAGACAUCGAUUUCCAAGAGAGCGGUGCGUUUAUUUAUGCUAACUGGGAUGUUUUUCAGGAUGUAGAGUCUGAGAUAAGCAGAUACACAUGGUGUGCUGGAACAAGAAAGGGAAGCUGUGAUAUCAUCCCUGUAACGGAUGUCGGUGACAGCACAAGCGCUGGCCAGCAGAUUUAUCCAUCCUUUGGGACCGAAAUGGGCGUGUUCGUAACAGUAAGCGCUUACAACGGCGCAGGAGCAGUUACAAGAGUGACUUCGGACGGCUUUGAAGUAGACGGCACUCCACCUGUCAUCGCAAAGGUAACUUACUAUUCAAAGUCAGAUUGAUUCUUUUUUUUUACAUGCAGGUCUUUCAUAGAAGGAUCGGAAAAAAAAUAUCUUUUUCUCAAAGUAAUGUAUCUAUUUUCGUAAUGUGUAAGUCAAUGUAUUAGGUUCGAGCUUCUCCAAAUUCGAUUUGUUUGUUGAGACUUCUUUCUCUUUCAUCGGAUCAAAAAUUUUCGAAGAAAACCAGAAAAAUUGUUUCUUUGAGUUAAAGUCUUUCAUGUAACUGAAUUCCUUAUUUUGGUUUUGCAUACUGAAAGUAUUUAGAAAAAGUCCACUCCUUUCGUAAAUUUUAACAUUUUCAUUCAAGUAUCUUAAUGCACCUUUACAGGUGGUUGACUUACACCGGGGAUCAUAUUUUGUCGACAAAGACUAUAUCAGCGCCAGAGACGCUUAUUGCGUCAGUUGGGAAACAGAGGAUGCCGAAAGUAGUGUUUUAAAGAGCGAGGUCUCCAUUUGUUCCGCUAUCGACGUGAACAACUGUUUAGUAAAAAAUAUGGAUAUUGGAAACCGCACAUACAUAUGCAUUGCCGAUUUAGAAUUUCAUGAAGGAGUCAAGUAUGUAACAACGAUUCGUUCUACGAACACUGUUGGUAGAGCGAGCGAGUUGUCAUCGGAUGGCUUCGUGGUAGACUCGACUCCCCCAAUAGUGGGUGAAAUCAUGCACGUUGAAAAUCCUCCGGUAGGCGAAUCCCCUGAGGUGUUCACUGACUCGGAAAUAUCUGUAAAGUGGAGUGGAUUCUCAGACAUGGAAAGUGAGAUUGAGAAAUACUUUGUUUGUGUUGGUACCCAACCUGGGGAAUGCAAUAUAAUGAGCUUUGCUGACCUUGGGAACGCCACUAGUUGCAUUUUGCAAAACCAGAGACUCGUUCAUGGCGAAACGUAUUUUGUCUCUAUAAAGGCUGAGAACAAAGCUGGCCUUGUGAGCGUCAACGCGUCCUCCAGUGGAGUUACUGUUGACAAUACAGGUAACCUAUAUGAAUUGUGGUUUUUUUCCGGAUAUAAGGACGAAAUUUAUGGAUCUAAAGCAAUUUUUAGAAGUAAAAUAAACUUUAAGAGAUAGGUCUUUCUUUGUUGCCUUUUUUAUGCAUGUAUUUCUUUUCGACGAUUUGUAGGGCUUUGACACACUGGGUCAACUUCAUUUACAAAUAACGAUAUCAGUUAUAUUCAAUGGAAACAUCUGUCUCAUUUCAAUGAGAACAUUAAGCCCUCUUUAAGUCUAUCAAAUGCUGGUCGCUAAAAUGUCACCUUUCGCUAGAAAUUUCAUCGGCACUAUUUCUCUUGUCGUUAUAGAGACCAACACGGCCGCAUCUUAAAAUGAUAGACUGUUUUUUGUUAUCGUUGGUGUCGUUAAAGUGAUAUGUUUUUUUCGGAAGGUCCCACAUCUGAAGGAAAAAUUUUAGAUGGAGCAAAAGAAGGUGAAGACAUUGACUUUCAAAAAAGCAGGACUUUCAUCGCAGCUCAUUGGAAUGAAUUUGCAGACCUCGAAAGUGACGUCAAAAGUAUCAGGUGGUGUGCUGGCUUGUCACCAGGUUCAUGCAAUCUUGUUCAAGAAACCGAACUUACUCCAUCGAGUACCUCCACACGUAAGGUUCUCAACGAGCCCGUAAAGAACGGUGAGCGGUACUAUGUCACGGUGAACGCAGUUAACGGAGCAGGCGUUCAAACCUCAUACAUGUCAGAUGGAGUGACUGUUGAUGAGACUCCGCCAACUUCCGGGAUUGUGAUCUACGGAAAUGGCAUAGAGAGCAGUUAUGUAAAUGGAGAGGAAGAUAUUCGUGCACAUUGGAUUAACUUUGAAGACUUAGAGUCUGGCAUCGAGUCCUAUGAAAUAGCUUUAUGCGACGCCCAGAACGUGUCCUUCUGUCCACAAUCUUUUACUGGAGUGGGAAAAGCUACCAAUGUUUCGAUAACAGGUAAGAUAAAAAGAUGUGUAUGUUAAUAUUUUCACGUCCGUUUAGGUGAGCCUCGGCGGACAAAUUUUACAGCAACAUGACGGCUUACCAGAGCAAGUUGUAGCGCGAAGUCCAACUCAAUUGCAAAUUUGUCUGCAAUAAUUCUCAGAUGGCCAUGAAAAUUCCCAAGGUGGGUUAUCUAGGUUCACCAUAGACUACCAUGGGUGCAUUCCUUUGCAAAAAUCCAAGGCCCUUCAUAUCACGACCAUAUUGAGUUUAUUUCAGGAAGGACCCAUCAUAGACCUCUUAGUGACGAAAACCUUUGACCAAGACAAUUAAAAGUAUUUUCAAGGAAUCACUAUAAAUUAUAUUCUCUUGUACUAGUUUGUCUUAUAUAAAAGUCAAAUACACCAGUGAUAGUGCAUUUGAUAAACAACCGACAUGCUCAUAGCCAAGCUAUGAGUCAAACUUUAAGGGAGUGAUCGAUUUCUGUAAAAUAUAUAUUUGGUUAUAAAUUUCUGUGACUUGCAGGAAUAGACCUUGAAAGCGGCGGUCAGUACUUCGUCAUCGUUAGGGCCUUCAACUUUGCCGGUCUCUAUGCUCAAGCUUCCUCUGAUGGAUUCACGGUUGAUUUUACCCCACCCUUAACAGGCAAAGCAAGGAUAGGAACUGGACUCGAGCCAGCCAAAUACCAAUCAGAUUUGACGAAUUUGACUGUCAGGUGCAGUACAAAAUUAGUCUUUGGUUUUCAAAAUCGUCAUUGGCUUGUUUGUGGAUAACACAAUUUUUAUGCACUUCGUAAAUCGAUGAAGUAAGAAAACAUUAAAACUAUUUUGAAAUUUAUAAGCAACCGUUGCAACACAGCACUUACACAACCAUUACGCGAGAAGAGGUAACUCAGAACGCUACAGAUUCCUUAAAAUUCCUUUUCAUCCUGACUUAUCUUCGUUGGCUACCUUAAUUUGAUAAUGCGCUAGUGCGUGAUCAUGGAACUGGGCUGUAACGGAUAUUAUUAGAACAAAUAUUUCCUCCUCGAAACUCAAAUCUUCUGCACUUGUAGUAUGAAGACACUCUUUCUUUUUCUAACUAGAAUUACAAAUUUUUUUGCUCAGGUGGGAUCAAUUUAUUGACCCCGAAAGUAGAAUAUCUCUAUAUAAAGUUUGUGUCACUACUGUCCCUGGGAAUUGUACAGUCACCAACUACAUUGACGUGGGUAUGGAUGUCAGCUUCACUAUUCAUGAGUUAAAUCUACUCCAUGGCGAAUCAUAUUUUGCUAUUGUAAAAGGAACAAACCAUAUCGGAAUGUCCUCGGAGAUGGCAACAAACCAAAUAUUGAUCGAUUCAACACCGCCAGUUUUGAAAUAUCCCGACAACAGUCUGAUCAACACUACUAGAGAAAAUCCUACCGGAAACAUUUCUGUUCAUCAGGGGCUUCAGUUUCCGACCAAAACGACGAUUCAAGGCAGCGAUCACGUGCGUUUCAAGUGCACUGAAGAAUUACUGACUGCUGACUGGGAUGAAUUUGAAGAUCCAGAGAGCCAGUUAGAGCGAUAUGACUGGUGUGUCGGAACAUCUCAAGCACAGUGCGAUGUAUUAACUUUAAGGUCGGUGGAUAAAAGAAGCGAUGGAGCAGAUAUAACAAAUAGAAUAUCUUCAGGGACGCUACUUUUUGCAACAGUAUACGCCAUAAAUGGAGUAGGAUUAAAAGCUCGUUUGGUAUCUGAACACUGCAAGGUCAUAUCCGUUGCACCUAUGGUUGUGGAAGUUAUCGAUAUUCCCGCUUCGAACGGAACUACUCUCACCGACAUUGACUGGAAAUCUAUGGCCCAAAGUUUGUCACUCAGCUGGGAGAUAUUUGGAAGAUAUUUUGAAGAUAUUUCACGUUUUCAUAUUCAGGUAGCUAUCACACAGCCUUCUUCGAACCUGUCUUUGCCACAGAUUGACUCCGCGAAGUCCUGGCGUAGCGAACCGCUAGUACACGAUUUCAUGGACGUAUUGAAAUGGCAACGAAAUGUGACUCUUCAGGGCGUGACUUUAGAGCCAUGGGAACGUUACCGAGAAGUUGUGAGGGUCUGGAACGAAGGAGGUAUUUACAGUGAUUCUGCGAGUGAUGGACUGAGAAUCGAGCCUGCUGCUCCUCCAGAGCGUGGAUUAUUCCUCUCAGAUAAGGCAGCCAAACAAGAGCCCCGACGUUGGCUCCCAGAUCUAAGAUUGCCUACGGUUAACGAGAGUGCAUUAGACUCGGAGAUAAAAUAUAUAUCUUCCCCUGGAGAGGUGGAAUUGAUCGUGAGAAGUGGCUUAAAUGACUCCAGCAAUAGAACAGCUUUCAUUUUGGAUCACAAUCUUUUCAGUCCGACUAAGGAAUUUAAAAUUAUUGUUCAAAGAGUUGCAUCAGACACGAAUGAAACCAACACCACUGAGGAGUUGCGCGUAAUGGAAGUCUUCCCGGGUUUUGCCGAUCCCGAUGGUCCAUGUUGUACCAGGCGCCCACUUGAUCCCCAAUCUCUCUUCAGUGACACUCAUUUUAAAACAACCAUACCCUCUCAUCAUUUUGGUGUUUCUAUCGCUAGGCUACCAAACGAUCAUUUUGCUGUUGGUUCUGCAGAUAAGGCGUUUGUUUUGCCCCUUCGAAACAGGGCUGCCAGCCACAUAACAUUGCCAGAUUACAUUGUUGGUUUUCCGACAACACCCAUCACUGUGGUAUCUCACGGUAAUAGGUCCGCAUUCAUGGCCAAUGGUAAAGCCUAUAUUUUUCAAAGUGAAGUCAAUGACACCGGCGAUCUUGACUUAACUAAGACUGCAAUUUUGGGAAAUUGUAGGACUGUAUCAACCGAUAUGUGUGACGCAAACAACAAGUGGGCCGAUAAUGUGAAACAUGUGAUAGCCAUCAAUCACAAUACAGUCGCUAUGACAGGAAUCAACUCAUCUACGAACACCAGUGUUGUGGCCCUUUUCCAGGAACGGAAUGGUAUGUGGAAGCUUGCAGAAGCUCUGGGAAAAGAAAACAAUCAUACUAACUUCGGACUUUCCUUGUCUUUGAACAAGCGUAUCUUAGCUGUAGCGACAGGAGAAGGGAAGAAUUCUUGCAUCUCAGUGUACUCUGUUGAGAAGUUUACAUUGCUCAUGACAAUUCGCAUUUCUGACCUCGGAAAAAUGACUACUCCUUUUUCACUUUAUCUCACGGAGACUGACGCGCUAAUAAUGGUAUCUGAGGACCGCAAGUCGGUAGAUGUUUUACAGCUCAACAUCACAUCAAGUUCAUACAAAGAUGUAUGCGACUUUCAAAUCACACAAAACGAACAUCUUAGUGGACACCUCGAUGUCGAUGCUCGAGAUGGAGGUUACAUCAUCGCAUUGGGUAUGCAGACAUCAGAUGGCCGAGAGGGUGUGCUACUGUUAGGUUUUCAUGGAAUCUUUACGGACAAUGAACUUAAAAAAUGUGCCAACCUAGGACGUGUGAUCGCACGAGAAAGUGGAUCAAGAGUGGAUGAUGGAAUUCCUCGUACUUCCGUUUCCUUUAUCAAUGAUACAGUUUUGUUUGGUGCCCCAGAUGUUAUCGCAUGGCCAGGACAAGGUGAAAAUUCAGGUACUGGAAGGAUUUAUAUAGCAACUUAUUGUCCUCCUGAUCAUGUUCGGGUCAGGGUAUCUCAGAUAAAGGACAUUGGGUCGGUGCGUUGCGUACCUUGCGAGACUGGACGGAAAUCAUUUGGCGGGUUCGCUGACAUGUGCAUGGAGUGUGAAGGAAUGUCAUGCUUAACACCUCAAAGUGACGAUCCUUUCAGUUUUAAAUCAAAUAUUUGUGACGCAGUUUCUUGUCUCUCUCAAUCGAUUUUGAAUGCAUCAACAAACGGCUUGAACUUCUCCUUCGCGAAAAGAUCAUUUUUCGUCCCUGGCCCGGAGAAUUUGUACACGGUGCAGUUGCUUGAAACAACACGAGCCGAUCUUUCAACAACUUCUCUCUCAGAGUCGUUCGUGAUCGAUCCGACCUCCCCUGAGAUUGGACUUGUCUAUGAUGGACUUGGGAGCGACCCAAACAAGAACUGCUCGGACAACUCGACUUUUGGCGAAGACAGUCAGUGCUCUUCUCGUGACUUUAAGGAAACGGAUGUGGACUACACCAAUAAUACGGGAGAGGUACACGCCAGAUGGCUUGACUUCCUCGACGAAGAAAGCGACAUCGUAGAGUACUUCUGGUGUGUAGGAUCUAGGCCCAUGACAGAUGACAUUUGGCAAUGUGAAAGUACGGGAUUGAGGCCAAACGGAAGUCAUUACGGUCUUAACUUUGGGCAGGGUGACUAUUACUACGUAACAGUUGUAGCCUGCAAUGGAGCUCGCAGAUGUUCUGCCGCUCACAGUGAUGGCGUCACCAUAGAUACCACACCACCUGUGAUGAAUUAUGUCAGGGAUGGAAUUAUGGGGCCUGAUAUGGAUUUUCAGGUAAAAAAGAGGUUGAUGAUAUGUCAUACCAAUUCACCUUGUAACUCAUGUCAAAAUCCGUCUCACACUUUCCGAGUCUUACUCAGCCGAUCGUGCUAAGAGGAUAAAAAAAAUCCAGCUUCAAGUAAAUUUGUGCUUCUUAAGCCAUAUCACAAAAUGCACCUUACUCAAAAUUACUCAAAGUUUAUGAGAAGUUUGACUCUUUAUUUAUUUCAUCGCUUAUUUAGGCCUAUACUCUGAAGUUAAGGCAGCACGAAGAGUUUGGUUUAUUCUCGCUCUAAUUCUUGUCAUACAUGUACGUAAGGACACCUAUGCACGGCUUUCUUGUUUGACUGAGAGCAAUUGUCUGAUUUCUCAAAGAAAACAAUAUUACUGAAAUAAAUAAGAAGUGUAGAUAUUAAGGUGCGCGAAAUCGUAAACUAUUCACUAGCCUAUCGAUUGGUCACAACGCUUGCCACACUUACACCUGUUUCCUUUCCAGGUCUUCGUUGAUAUUAUCUUUGCCUAUUUCUCUGCAAGUGACCUUGAAAGUAAUGUGACAUCAUAUGAGGUUGCUUGGGGAACUGCCCCUGGUUUAACGGAUGUCAAGGAGUUCGAGGAAGUUACGAACACUACCAUAUGGCUAGCUAAUUUCAAAGACGACGCACUUGGCGUAGGCAAUAUAUAUUAUGCCACUGUUCGUGCUACAAAUGGAGCUGGCCUACUGUCGGAAAGGCUGUCGUCCAACGGAAUCGUCGUCGGCAAGUCGGAAUAUACUUUUGAUAACGCAACUAGUGCUGAGUUUUUCUUUGAUACUGUGAAUGUUAAAGAAGAUGGUACUCGCAAGGAUGGAGGAGUUGGAAAGACAUACGGGACAUUGACUGUACCUGAAGGUGCUGUCAAGGAACAGGUGAAGUUGAGAUCGUACAGUUUGGAUGACAAAACAAUGGAUACAAAUAAGACCGACGAGGGUCCCGUCAGCAACCCUACUUACACCAGGCCCAAGGUAUAUUUUGGUUACUUUGUACUGUGGUUUUGUUUGUUCUUCUCUCUUUCUUCCUCAUCUUAGGUUAUUUUCGAUCACAAUAUUUGAUUUAAAUUUGGAAGGACAUAAUGACAUAUUAGUCUGUGCAUUGAUACUUGCAUCAGUUGCCAAUUGCCACAAGAGUGUAAUAGGUGUGUUUCGCAUGAGAGAAAAAAGCUCACUAAUUUUUUUUUAUAAUUGAACAGCAAUUCAUGCUUGGGAAUUACAGUUUCGUCAUCAAGGCGUUAGACCCACAGGACAACACAGUGAAAGAAGGCUUUAAAUUCUCUAAGCCAAUCACAAUUGCCAUGUUCUACGACGUUGAUAACCUGGUGAAAGCCAACAGUAAGCACGUCAACAAUGAAGUCACCAAAGAAGACAUAGACCCUGUGUUGUAUUUGUGGGAUUCGAAAAAUGACAGCUGGUGAGUUAAUCGCUGGAAAGAUUUUAAAAACGAAACAUUAAAAAAAGAAAAUAUACAUGAAAGGACAAUUGCGUUUAGAGAAGAAGUAUUUGUUUACAAAGCUUUUGCGAACACUUUCAGGUUUUGUGUAACUCGGUACUGAGUAAAUGAUGGCUUUAUUGAUUGAUUAAUUAAUCUAUUUAUUGAUUGACUUAUACAUUAAUUGGAUUAAUUUAUCGACAUCAAGGCAAAUCAUUAUCAUCGUCAUCAUUCUUCUCGUUGUUUGCAUAAGAGAAACUUACCCUUGCUGUUUGCCUUUUUGCUUUCAUUUUGAUGCUUAGGUUUGAUGCGGCUCUCACGUGCCCUCAGCCCUGGAGUCACGUGAACAAGUCGAUCAAACUGCUAACAGUGCGAGUCUGUCACCUGACUCAGUUUUCAUUCCUUUGGUCAUUCUACGCUCAAAAUGGUUUGGUGCUACUUGAUAAAAACAAUUCAAGUAAGUGUUUCUGCUAAGCUUCAAGUGUUCCUUCGGAAUACAAGAUAAAGGCAACGAGUCCUAUCGUAGUAAUUUAUUCCUGGUGGACAAAAUUCAUAACUAAUUCAUCAAACAGAUGAUGAUAAUUGAUUAAGGUUGUUAACUUAGAAUACUUUCGAUGAAAAAAACGUUGACACCUACAAACCGUUAGCAAUGAACCAUGAGACCUAACGGUUUUUUGGAUACACAUUUACAUGAUAACCACAACUGGUUGCUCAUGGUCAGUGAUAAUCCAGUGAAUUACCAAAUUUUCCUUCUUAACUACCGCAUAGGAACUGUAUGGCAACCAGAGCGGUCAAAUAUGAUUCAGAACUUGAAAGCUGUACCCAUUUUUGAUUCAUUGACAUCUAUACAUUAAUCUUUAAAAGCUUUAUCUACAUAUAUCUAAGCUUGCAGUUCUUCGAACUAGCUACUAAAUACUUCUGGAUACCUGAAUUUCGGACAGUUAUAAAGCGACAUUUGACUGAAUUACUAACUGGUGAAUUUUAAUAUCACAUUUCUCAUUUUUCUGUCGUUUGCCUUUAUCUCCAAGGCGAAAUGACAAACUGAUAUUUGCAUCUCGUGUCAAAAUAUCCUAUCUCUUCUCCUUCUUAUCCAUAGUGUAUAACGAAGAUGGAGUAGUAAAAGUUACCCGCUCCAGACACGUCAAAAAACUGGAAUUUCCAUUACGAAGAGCGAAAGGUUCCCAGGGCGACAUAACAGUACAAUGGUCUUUGUACCAAAACGAUUCAUCAGACAGUAUGGAGAUCGUGUGGCCGAAAUCUGGAGAAGUGUUUUUUACAGAUGGACAGUGGACUGACUCGUUUAUCAUCAACAUCGACAACGACGAGGAAGAAGGACAGCAGAGCGUAGUCUGGGUCCAACUGGACGAGGCUACAGGUGGUGCCGUUCUUGCAUCACGUGAUCAAACUACAACCAAGAUUUUAAUAACAGGAAAUGAAAAGAAGAGUGGGGCCUGGAGAUGGAUUGUGACUGGGGUCUGUUUGGGGGCGCUUUUGAUUUUUGUUGGUGCUCUUGUGUAUUGGCUACGCAAAAGGAAACAAGAAUCGCAGAGGUAAUAUUAGAUGAGAAAUCUUAAGUACAUAUUUAGAUCAGUGAUAAAUUUCAAAUUUACCUUGUAACCUGCCAUGUGGCAAAAUAUGGUUGCCCGGUAAUUAGCUUGCUGCACUUUAGUUUAAGAGGUCCCGGCUAGAUGAGUACCCGAAAACUUAACAGUAACGUAGUUUAAGUUCCCAACGAAUCACCUUUGAUAUACUGUCGUUCCACUCGAAAAAAGAGGAGUUACUCUAAGUCCUACACAAAUAAUCGAAAUCUAUCCAAGCCUCAGGCAUAAAAGUCAAAAGGCUUCGAAGACUUACGAAGAUGCUAUUAUUUUACUGUUGCAGGAAUGUGAACAGCAGAACUGAGAUUGAGGUUCCGUCCUGUAGUUCAAUGCUUAGAGAACGAGGCUUGGCUGGUGAACAGAUGAAUUCUAGCGAUGUGGAUCCACCGAAACCGGUCCCGAAAACUGUUUCAGUAAUGUAUGGUGGUGAUACUGAGACACAGCCUGUCUCUCCCAAAGAAACACACGGGUGGGGAGAAACUCUUCUUCCUCUUUGUAUAGUGUGUCUUAUGUAGGAUAAUUUUAAUAUACUCUCUCGCGUAAGAGGAAUCAAAACCAAAUUGAACCCUUGAAGUAAUCGAUAUUAAAUUUAGGGUGCGUUCCUUUAGGAGAAUCCGGAUCAGGAUUUCUGAUCUGUGACGUCCCUUUCGAGCAAACCGAUUUUCAGAUCAGUGAUCUAUCAAAUCCACUCUAGACAAGGAUUCGUCGGAUAACUGAUCUGCGUGAUCUAAAGACGGAUCAUUGGAUCACUGAUCCAACGCGUUCCUUUGGGCGAAGGAUCCGAAAUUAAUCAUUUUGCCCAGUGGUGUUCAAUUUCGAGGUACUUCAUAUAUUGACCGGAAAGAUUGUUGGCAAUCGCUCCAAAUUCUGCUAUAAACACGAAAUAAAAUCGAUUUUGUAAUGUUAAAUCGAUCGGCUACUGAUCUCAGGCAUUCAGGGUUCUCAAGUAUCCAUAUCGUAAUCAAUACUUGCUUCUGUUUUAUUAAUUCCUUUGUUUGAGUUUAUCAUGAAAAAAUGUGCAUCUAAUGAUAGUGCUAUAGACGAGCCAUCAAGGGAAGAGCUCAAUAACCCACGUGCAUACACAAGUCUUAAAAUAGCGCACUUUUUGGAAUUCUCUAAGAUCUCGUCUAAACUUCGUCUCCUUUCAUUCAUCGUGAUGUGUGUGAUCUUGGAUCACAAAUCCUAAUCCGGAUCCUCCCAAAGGAACGCACUCUUAGAUGAUUCUUCAUUUUCAUUUACUGCAGGGCCGCGUCUCCUCUGUCGUGCAUCCCGGAGGAACGUCUUGCGUGGCGCCUGGAACAGACUGGUGCCCAGGAAACGAGCAAUCUUAGCACUAGUGGAGAGUCAGUACUGCAUAGAGGAAGCGAUAGCGCGCAGCGAUCAGAUUUUGGAAAGAAGAAAAGGAGGAAACCCAUUUUGACAAGUAAAGUAGUUUUUAUCAAUUUUCCCUUCUGCUGCUUCUCUUGUUUCCUUCCGCAGUCAAAUGCUUUUCAAGCUAAAGUAGAGGUGCGGUUUUAAAACAGCGCAGAGUGUUUUUUAAUGAUAAAACACUUUUCAACUGGGUUGAUUAAGAGUAAAACCAACGAGAUAAUAACGGCCAUUAAGAACAAAAGAGAGCAUAUGGCAAGGAACUAAUGACAAAUCUAAGUAAACACAUAUCAACGGAUUUAACCAGAGAAAUGCGCAGUUCGUUGCGAAGUUAGUACUAGUACUUUGCACCAAUCACAGAGCGUGGCAAAUAAGAGUCAAUUUAACCCAAGAUUUCGUUAACUUGGAAAGAUAUAUAUUUCUUUUCGGAGAGAAGCAAAUCUUUACUACGAUCAGGGUGGGAGGGGAGCUCAAGAGGUUUGGCUUAUUGUUGUGGAAAACUACCCCUUAUCCUACGUUAACGCUUCCCAUGACGUAAUCUUCUAGACCGCCGCAGCAAGAUCUCAAAAGACAAGUACUAUGAUGGCCAUGAACAAGUCCUUACCCCGGUAAGCGGCGAUGAUGAAAUGGAAACCUCUUGCUCGUCCUUUCAAAUGAGCGAAAUGAGACGGAUCAACCCCCUCUAUGAGACAGCCCUGAAUUGCUCUCCAGAUAUCUCCGAUGCUGACUCGCUACGAUGUGAGGAGAAAGACAACUCGAAAUCCGAGGAAAGGAAACAGAUAUAUAGAAGGUAA